AUGUCCCACCAACCGCACCCCCAGUGCCAGCCGAUCUGGUCUCAGGUCUCCCUGGACCGGCCCCGCAGCCUGAGGAAGAAGCGGGGGGGGGAGCCCGAGAAACAUGAAAGUGCAGAUGAUGAGGAAGAAGAUGUGGAGAAGUUCAGAGAGAAGCUGGAAAAACAAGUAAAGCAAGGAGAGAAAUGGGCAGAGAAAGAUGACGAGAGGGUGAGAAGGGAGAUUGGACCAUGGAAGAACGAGGUAGAUGUGGCACUACACCUAUUGGAUGCAGCCACAUGUAGGCCAAGACAGACAAAGAAGAAACAGAAACAUUUAAUGAAGGCAUGCGAGGGAGCCAAAAGGCACGAAGCAAGGAAAGAGGAAGAGGAGUCAGCAGCGAAAAUAGCCCCUCUGCGCCGAGUAUAUGACCCCCCAGGGCCCCCGGGACCAGGUGGGGCAGCAGCAGCACGGACCUACACGGUCCAGCAUAUACCCUUUUCAAGUGCAGAUGUUUGUAAUUGGAGGAACCAGAAUCCCUCCUUUGAGGAAAACCCAGCAAAGAUUAUAAAAUUGUUUGAAGGGAUUUUCAAAACCUACAAUCCCACUUUUGAUGAUGUGCAGUAUCUGAUGGAUGCACUAUUAACUACAGAAGAGACCAGGCGAAUACACGCCGAGGCACGGGCUCAUAUGAGAGCAGAACAAGUGGCGGAAGCCAACAUUCCAAAUAUUUACCCCGAAAAUACACCAAAUUGGGAUUAUCAAACAAAUGAUGGCCAAAACACCCUCACUACCUAUCGCCAGUACGUGUUAAAUGGUAUGAGAAGGGCAGCCAGGAAACCCACUAACUUUGUGAAGGUCAGAGAGGUAGUGCAGGGGAAUGAAGAGGCCCCAGGAGCAUAUUUAGAACGCCUGAAGGAAGCUUACCGCCAGUAUACUCCUGUGGACCCAGAUGAGGCUGCCAACGCCCCUAUCAUAAAAGCUGCCUUUGUAGCUCAGGCGGCGGCCGAUGUCCGCCGAAAAAUCCAGAAACACGAGGGGUUCAUGGGACACACCCUUGAGUGGAUGAAAGAGGAAGUGCCCGGGGAGGAGGGCCAGUCCGCGUGGGGAGGAACCAGUGCGCCAUCUGCCGGCAGGAAGGGCACUGGAAAAGAGAAUGCCCACAGGCUCACUCAGGGGGAAGAGGACGAGGAGUACGAGGAGGACGAGUCCCAGGCUCCAUUCCCACCGGGCCCAGCUGAUUUAGGUUCCCGUGAGCCCAUGGUCAAACUACAAACAGGGAACCGAACCAUCCCCUUCAUGGUUGAUACAGGAGCUGCCCACUCUGUUUUGCCUGUACCAGUGUCCAAGCCCACCAAGCAAACGGUUAACAUAAUAGGAGCUACAGGCAAAUCACAAAGGGCCCCAUUCCUACAAUCUGUUGUCUGCCGCCUGGGUGGCCAAGUGGUCCAACACAAGUUUUUGUACAUACCAGAGUGCCCCAUCCCAUUAUUGGGCCGAGACCUGCUUUCAAAAUUGCAAGCCCAGAUCUCCUUCCAACCGACAGGCGAAGUAACAAUGACCACAGGGCCAGCAGGAGAGUUUUCCCUAGAGGUACCCUUGAGGGAACACUGGCGCUUGAUGGUGGUAAAAGAAGAGGAGGGACCCAUCCCCGCCAGUAUUCUGGAACAAGUGAACCCUGCGGUAUGGGCUGAAGGCAAUCCUCCAGGAAUGGCAAGGAACAUCCCACCUAUAAUAGUCAAGCCCAAGCCAUUUGCUAACCCUGUGGCAGUAAACCAGUACCCAAUCCCCCGGCGAGCUGCAGAAGGAGUAUGGGUCCAUUUAGAGCGGUUACUUCGCCAUGGCAUUUUAAGGCAGUGCCAAUCUCAAUGGAAUACCCCACUCUUGCCAGUAAAGAAGGAAGAUGGCGGGUAUCGUCCUGUCCAAGACCUUCGAUUGGUUAACCAGGCCGUGGAAACCCUCCACCCCAAUGUGCCCAACCCUUAUACGCUGCUGAGUCUAAUACCUCCCACCGCAUGUUACUUCACCGUGCUGGACUUGAAAGAUGCAUUCUUUUGCUGCCGCCUAGCGGAGGAGAGCCAGCCCCUGUUUGCCUUUCAAUGGACAGAUCCAGGAACAGGCACUAGGGUGCAAUAUACGUGGACCAGGCUUCCACAGGGCUUUAAGAACUCUCCAACUCUCUUUGGAGUUGCACUGGCCUCGGACCUGUCUAGCUUCCCCACUGGCCCACACAGAAUUCUGAUGCAAUACGUAGAUGAUUUGCUCCUGGCCUGUUCAGACGAGAACACGUGUAUGGAAGCCACCAAAGACUUGCUGAAUCACUUAGCCGAGGCAGGAUACCGAGUAUCUAAGAAAAAGGCCCAAAUAUGUCAGCCCACUGUGAAAUACCUUGGAUUUGAUAUAUCUCAUCAGCGGCGAGCCCUGAGGGAGGAAAGGAAGCAAGCUAUUACCCAGAUUCCAGAGCCAAAGAACCGCAGGGAACUCCGUGGCUUUCUGGGAUCAGCAGGGUUCUGCAGAAUAUGGAUACCAGAUUACAGCACAAUUGCCAAGCCUCUGCAUGAAUCCACCAGAGGAACUGAAAAAGACCCCUUUGUGUGGGGAGAAGAACAACAGCAGGCCUUUAAGAACCUAAAAAGGGCAUUACAGCAGGCACCAGCGCUAGGCAUUCCAAAUCCUGAGAAGCCUUUCUCCCUGUUUGUGGAUGAGGACCAGGGAACAGCAAAGGGAGUGUUAUGCCAGAAAUUGGGAAGCUGGCAGCAGCCCGUGGCAUACCUAUCUGAGCGCCUGACGCCUACUGAACAAGGUUUACCGCCCUGCAUGAGAGCAGUUGUGGCAGUAGCCACUUUAUUGAACAAAGCAGACAAAUUCACCUUUGGCCAAGACUGUGUGACCCCGCAUGCAGUCCCAGCUCUGCUUGACAUGAAGGGUACCUAUUUCCUCUCCCAAGCGAAGAUGAGAAAGUGUCAGAUGUUAUUGCUGCAUCCGCGUUUGAAGUUCCAGGUCACCACCGCCCUCAACCCAGCUACCCUGUUGCCGGUAGGAGAAGGUGAGGAGCCACCGCACGAUUGCAUUGAGGUUAUGGACGAAGUGUGGACCCACGAACGCACCCCGUGUGUUCUGACUGAACCCUUGCACCAGUUCGAGCCGGGUGACGAAGUGUGGAUCAAAGACUGGGCCCAGACACCUCUACAACCGUGUUGGAAGGGUCCUCACACUGUCCUGCUGUCCACACCCACUGCUGUAAAAGUCACUGGCAUCACCCCGUGGGUCCACCACACCCGAGUGAAGAGAGUUGUGUCUGACUGGUCAGCUACGCCAAAUCCUGCUAAUCCACUGAAGCUGACCAUCUCCAGGAGACCGCCAGACGACCGCCCUGCUGGUGUCACUCCGGACGCUGACACUUCUACGCACGGCUGA